AUCCACCUUCUUCUUCCCCAACACACCUUGCGCUGCAUCGCGUAUAUAAUGGAGGCAAGGGAGGGAGCACUGCCAGCAGGGCAACCGGCAACGCAACACGUACGGCACUUGACUGACAAGAAGCUAGCUAGCUACGAAGAAGGACCGGUCGAGGAUGGCUUCUGCUGCUGCGCUCCCGGAGCGCAAGAAGAAGAGCAAUUUCAUGUACGCCUUCACAUGCGCGGUGUCGGCUUCCAUGGCCACCGUCGUCCUCGGCUAUGACGUCGGGGUGAUGAGCGGGGCGUCGCUGUACAUCAAAGAGGACCUGCGGCUGACGGAUGUGCAGGUGGAGAUCAUGAUGGGGAUCCUCAGCGUCUACGCGCUCAUCGGCUCCUUCGCCGGCGCCAGGACGUCCGACUGGAUCGGCCGCCACUACACCGUCGCCAUCGCCGCCGCCAUCUUCUUCGCCGGCUCCUUGCUCAUGAGCUUCGCCGUCGACUACGCCAUGCUCAUGUUCGGCCGCUUCGGCUGCCGCCACCCAAAGACAAGGUGAAAGCAGUGGAGAUCAACUAGCUUAGCUAGCUAAUGGGGGGUGGUUUCUCUAUCAUGCAAGGGAUAUGGAUUCACCGAUCUACGUACCUUUGCUUUGAGUUUCAUGCUAAAAACUGUCUGGCUUUUGGGGAUGUUAAUUGUGUUUUCUCAUUUUCUGCCAAAAUGUAUCAGAAAGUUUUGUCAUGUAUGACAAAUAAGAGCGCUCGUCCCAAAUUGGA